GGCUGGGGGAGGGGGAACGGGAGUCAGUCGGCUUUGGGGGCAGGGUAGUAAAAAGCAAAAGGAGUGACUAGGCUGCGCUCCGGCCUCUCUGCUUGAUUUUGUCUCCGCAAACUUCUGAGUCGCAACCUCCAGCACAGGCCACUGUUUCCAUGGAUGGCUCCCAAGUACUAAAUGAGUAAGGCAAGAAUACUAAUGAAGACCAUUCCAUAGAGACCUGGAUUCUUCUGAUGACCAUUUUUGGCUUGAAGAUUCUCCAACAAUUUUGCUGAAACUAUACAACUGCAUUGCAGUUUAAGACCUUGCUUACAUCUCCUUCUUCAGGAAUUAGUUCUGCAUCAUGGAUGUGGUACCAUAAGUUGUUGCACCUACAAAGCAGGCUCCAGAAUUUGAUGAAGAGAGGAGACAUAGGUCAAGCUCUUCACCUGUCCAACUUUAAAAGUUUAUUUUCCUUAUCCAUCCAUUGGUGCCAUACAUUUUCCAAGUCUGUGAAUUGUACUUGGCUCCAACAUGAAGAUCAUUUGGAGCUGCAAUAUGCUAAUGCUGUAAUGCGCUUUGAUUAUGUCUGGCUUCGAGACCACUGCCGCUCUGCAUCGUGCUAUAAUUCUAAGACUCACCAGCGGAGCCUGGAUACUGCCAGUGUGGAUUUAUGUAUCAAGCCAAAGACCAUUCGACUGUAUGAAUCCACACUCUUCUUCACUUGGCCAGAUGGUCAUGUGACUAGAUAUGAUCUGGAUUGGCUGGUGAAAAAUAGCUAUGAAGUGCAGAAACUAAAGGUAAUUCAACCUAGAAUAUUAUGGAAUGCUAAACUCUACCAGCAAGCCCAAGUUCCAUCUGUAGAUUUCCAGAGUUUCUUAGAAACAAAUGAUGAACUGAAGAAGUUUCUGCAGAACCUUCUGCUAUAUGGAAUUGCAUUUGUAGAAAAUGUCCCUCCCACUCAAGAGCAUACAGAGAAGUUGGCAGAAAGGAUCAGUUUAAUCAGAGAAACCAUCUAUGGAAGGAUGUGGUAUUUCACUUCAGAUUUUUCCAGAGGUGACACUGCAUACACCAAGCUAGCUCUAGAUCGGCACACUGACACUACCUACUUUCAAGAGCCCUGUGGCAUUCAAGUUUUUCAUUGUCUUAAGCAUGAAGGAACAGGUGGGAGGACACUGUUAGUAGAUGGAUUCUAUGCAGCACAACAAGUACUUCAAAAAGCACCUGAGGAAUUUGAACUCCUCAGCAAAGUGCCAUUGAAGCAUGAAUAUAUUGAAAAUGUUGGAGAAUGUCACAACCACAUGAUUGGAAUCGGGCCAGUCUUAAAUAUCUACCCAUGGAAUAAAGAGCUCUAUUUGAUCAGGUACAACAACUAUGACCGGGCUGUCAUCAACACUGUUCCUUAUGAUGUUGUCCAUCGUUGGUAUACAGCACACCGAACUCUAACAACUGAAUUGAGAAGGCCUGAGAAUGAGCUUUGGGUCAAACUGAAGCCUGGAAAGGUACUGUUUAUAGACAAUUGGCGAAUCCUUCAUGGCAGGGAAUCAUUCACUGGUUACCGCCAACUCUGUGGCUGCUAUUUAACAAGAGAUGAUGUGCUAAAUACUGCUCGUCUCAUGGGCCUUCAUGCUUAAAAUUGAAAGCACUGGGAUUAUGAGUACACUUGGCAUCCUGGUACCAGAAUUUUGUAUCAACACAACAAUAUUGUGUCAAAAUUUGUUUCACUUUGUCUCCUUUCUAUUCUAUGAAACAGAAGAUUUUCCUUACUUUACCAGGAAAAACCUGUUAAAGAGGGGCUUUUAAAUUACCUAAUGGCAGCCAUCUACUAAGGUAACUGUCUUCUCAAGUUAUAUGAUCCUACUCUUUUCCAAACUUUUUGAUGUACCUAAUCACUGUAGUUAAGAAAUGUAAUCUCUAUAUUAAAAGGAAACUAAUAUUA